AUGACUGAUGUAAUUUGGAGGCUGAGUGCUCCGUCGUCAGGUUCAUUGCGUCGCCGUGCGCGAGAACGCAAGCGCGCGGAACAGACGCGGGCUGACGGAGAGCGCAUAGCUCGGGAGAAGCGUGAGCUGCUAGCUAGGGAGAAAUUUGAACAACAACGGAAGGUUCGUGAAGAACUGGCUAAAUACCAGCCGUGGGGCCGCGCGGGCGGUGGCGCGCCCAAUCCUCGAGGCAUACGGUUUACGAAGAUCCGUGAUAAAGGAAUUUUUCCUGAAGACGAACUAAGGGGUGUAUCUAUACACCAAGCUUGUAAGCGGUGGUCAUCUACGCCACGUCGUCACCGCCAGACACCAGUGAAGUUACGAGAAGACCCACAGAUAUGUUAUGCUGAUCCAUUAAAACAGAGCGUGGACAACGAUAUAAGAUAUCGACAAACGCCCGACGAACAAAAACAUUACAAGCAAAUAUUAGACGAAAUGGUAAUAAAAAAGAAAAAAGCAGCAAGAGAGGAGAUGAAGCAAAAUUUAGAGUAUGAGCGGAAAAUGCACGCUAUGGACGGACCUUGGGGUAAACCUGGACCUGGUGGUACUAUAUGGAGGAACCCUCGAGAUAUUGGGCUAAAUUUCUCUAAGUCUAUGGGUUGGACAGACAAUGAAAUUUUUACAAAAUUAAAAGGGGACCAAGGGCGCUGUAGAGGAUCUUCGCUAGCUUUACCUAAAGUAAAGGGAGACGAUGAUAUAAAAGAGGAUUCGCCUAAUAAAGAAAACAUUAAACCAUCACGAGUUGAUAAAUUACCAGAAAUUAACCACGCUACCAGUCCAAAGGUAAAGAUUGCAGAGUCACGAAGAUUCAGCGUUGAGGUCAAAAUGAAAAAUGAUACAAAAGAGGAAGUUAGACGAAGUCCGAAGAGUACUAAAUUUGUAAAAAGAUUGACUAAUGGGGAUAAAGUAAGAAGAGUUGUACUAGAUGACACCUAUGACACCGGAAAGGUUAUUGUAGUAGAGAAGAAGCCAACGCCGGAGAAUGCCAUUUUGCACGUCACAGGAGGUGUAGAGUUGGUCCCACUUCUAGCUAGGCGAAGACGCGUUGGUGCUCGUACUCUGCCAUCUAGUGAUGUCACUAGACCACCGGACCAGUCAUGUCAAUGGCGGGAGAUGCUCAACAUGGAUUACUUGAGAGAAUUAAAACAACAAAUGCAAGUGAAAUGUAUUCAAAAUGAGGCCAAACGUCUAGAUUCUGCGGAGAGUGUGAAACGUCAUCAUGAAACCUGGGAGUCUUUGUGGGGGAGGCAGGGGCAUGGUGCUCCGCUGCGCGGCAAGUACGCAAGGAACAAUCUCGCUCAACUACUCUACGUAGCGCCGCUGACCAAUGCUCAAUAG